AUGCCUGUUGACGACAAGGUGCGUUCUACAAAGCUCAAAUUCAAGGGGGAGAAGACGAAGAAGAAACGCAAAAGAGAGGAUGAUGCAGGGGAAGGCUCGAGCAGCGGAGUAAGUCGCCGCAGGCGCAAGGACGAGGACGACGAGAGUCCGGAGACAUGGGUGCUGCCAGAGGACGCCAAUGAGAUUCGUGGGCCUACUUUCAUCAUGCACCCCUCCGAUCCUUCUCCCAUUACUGUCACGUACGACUCCACACGCGGCCGCAUCAUCCUGCACUCGCUGGACAAGGAGGGAACAGACGGAGAAGAACCGUCACAACCGCUGGGUAUACUGGAGCGCACGCCGACGGAGGUAUCUCAGGUGUGGGUGACCACUCGCGUAGCAGGUUCUCCUACAAUCAAUUUACGGACAGGGACCGGCGAAGGGAAGUUCCUGUCUUGCGACAAACAUGGGCUAGUGUCUGCGGACCGCGAAGCCCGCGGACCACAAGAGGAGUGGACGCCCGUCGUGCUUCCAGACGGUAUGAUUGCUUUCAUGAACGUCUACGAGAAGUACCUUGGUGUCGACGAAGUGGCUGGUGGGACGAUCGCACUGCGCGGCGACAGCGACCAGGUGGGGUUCGCAGAGCGCUUCUGGGUGAAGAUACAGAACAAGUACAAGAAGGAGGCGCACGAGGAGAAGAAGAAGAAAGAACUCACGAUGGACGAGGUCAACAUUGACGAAGCAAGCGCGAACAAACUAUACCAAGCAUGGGGCGCCGGAAGAUCCGUCGUAUCUGACCAGGACAAGAAGGAGCUUAAGCGCGCCCGCAAAGAAGGCCGGUUGGCGGAAGCUCUAUUAGAGCGUCGUGCGAAACUAAAGAGUGACCGAUUUUGUUGA